AUGCAAAAUAAAGAAGGAGAAAUAGAAGACCCAUUUGGUAUAUAUGAAACAUUGGAAAACAUGAGAGUUGAAGAGAGUUUUUCUUCUGUUGCAUGUACACCAUCGGUGCAACAAUCUGUGGAUAAGGACCGCCGGGCUCCUAAUGUUGUCGCUGCCCCUUCUCCAAAUUUUAAUGCUAGCCCACCAAUAGUAACACCUGUUACAGGAGAAAAUGUGCAGACCUCACCUAAUGUUCUCUCAGCUGCUUCAACCAUGGCAGCCCCUGUAGGUCAGGAACAUAGAGGAAACCCUCCGGUUGGAUUUUCUGGAGGAUUUGGACAUAUGGAGGGUAUUGAUGUUUUAGAAGAUAACUUAACACAUCCCCUAGGUUUUUCUAAUUUUAUGGGGGGAGGGAAUUUUUCACAAGGAUCUUUUAAUAAUUUCUCAUUCUUGAAAGAAAUUCAAAAAACCUUGGAUAUCGGGCGAUCUUUGGGUUAUAAUAUGGAUGGGUGUUUUGACCGGGUAAAAGAGAUUGUUGAAGGUCACGAGGGUAGAAAAGUCUUUUAA